AUGUUCCCUACUCGCGCUCUCAGAGCCGGCGGCGACAGCCCCCUCGGCAAGAAUGGCCACUUCCUCGGUCCCUGGGGUAACUUUGGCGGCAUGAAGCAGAAGGGCAUCAUCACCUACGGCCUCAGCUCGAACCGCCAGAACCCCGUCGCCGGCGCCGCCCACGCCGCCGUCUUCAACACCUGGCGCCGAUUCAGCAAGCAGAUCCUCUACGUCGCCCCUCCCAUGAUCUUCUUCUACUACGCCAUGGACUGGGCCAUCCACAGAAACCACUACCUGAACUCCAAGCAGGGCCGUGCCGAGUUCGCCGAUGCCGAGGAAUAG